GGACAAAUGUGCAUCUAUAUAUCCACCAUACAGCUCCCAGUGCAUCAGGCUUCCUGUGGUACAGGGGAGAAAACAUUCGCAGCCAUACUAAUAUUGCAUAUCUUUUAUUAAACCCAAGUAUCCAUGUAAGAGGCCCUCCAGGUGGACAAGCCAGAGUAGAAGAUGAUGGGUCCUUGUUGUUAAAGAAUGUCACCAUGAAACACUCAGGAAUCUACACUGUACUGGUCCAACUACAAGGCUGCCAAAAAAUGAUAGCAUGUGGACAGCUUACUGUAUACCCACUUAUGAGAGCGCCCACCCUCCUGGCCAGCAACACCACAGUCACAGAGAAUAAGGAUGCUGUGGUCUUGACCUGCUACACAAACAGUCAUGACAUCCAGUGGUUUUUCAAAGGCAGAAGUCUGAUGCUCACAGAGAGAAUGGAGCUGUCACGUGACCGCAGAAACCUCACCAUAUACCCUGUCUUGAGGGAGGAUUCUGGUGAUUACCAGUGUAAAGCCUUCAACCCCAUGUGUUCUGCUAUAAGUGCAUCCCUUGCACUGGAUGUGAAAUUUGAGUGACUUUUCUUUCCCCCUCUAUGUUGUUAAACUCUAAAUAAAGUAGUUUUUUGCAAUAUCAUAGCUGAUUCAUGCUGAGGGUGAAUAAUUCUUAGAUUUGCACUGAGUCAAUAAACACUAGAACAAUGUAA